AUGGCAAACCACAGAAGACCGGCUAAUACCCCAAAGAGGAAGACUCACCCCAGCCGACAAAAGAGAUGUGCUAAUGAAAGUUGUGAGGAAAAUGAUAAUAACAGGAAGGGUCAACCUAGAGCAACGAGGACUAUGGAAAUGGUACAUAAAGGCUAUUGAUUUUUACCCAUAUGCCCCGCAGCCUUCGAAUCUUCAAUUGAAUGCUACUGAAGCUUUGCAUAG